AUUUUGAAAUUUAGAAACUUGAAGGAGAUUUUGGUUGCGGAUUUAGUGUUUUGCUUCACUGUGCCACUCCAAGGCAUUAUUUAGCUUCACUGGCAGGCAAAGUCAAAAGAAGUGAGCACAAUGUUGGCCGGUACUCGAGGGCUCCAGGCCGCAGUGCUGGUUUUGCUGGCUUUGGUUUUCUGUGAGGCGGUGUCUUAUGCACAUGCUAUUAAAAGCUCUGAAGAUGUGCGUUGCAAGUGUAUCUGCCCUCCGUACCGUAAUAUCAGCGGCCAUAUCUACAACAGGAAUGCGUCCCAAAAAGACUGUAACUGUCUACAUGUCGUGGAGCCCAUGCCAGUCCCUGGUCACGACGUGGAGGCUUACUGUCUACUUUGUGAGUGCAAGUAUGAGGAACGUAGCAGCAACACCAUUAAGGUGACCAUAAUCAUCUAUCUGUCUGUGGUUGGCUCUCUUCUACUGUAUAUGCUGUUUUUGCUUUUGGUGGAUCCGCUGAUCCGCAGACAUGAUCCUUACACACAGCCACUGCAGAAUGAAGAGGACUCUGAGGACGUGAGACCUCAUCCAAGUGGCCCUCCAGGCCGAGGGAACACCGUGCUGGAGCGGGUCGAGGGGGCUCAACAGCGCUGGAAGAAACAGGUUCAGGAGCAGCGCAAGACUGUGUUUGACCGCCACAAGCUGCUGAGCUAAACUCUUAGGGGCAGAGCGAAGAUCACUGCUGAGUUUUAUUAUUUAAUUUACUUGUUUUAAUAGAUGAGGCUGUGUCUUGUUAUUGUGAGCUUUCUGAGGCUGUUUUCAUAGUAUCCAAUUAAAGAGAGGUGUUAAAAUGAAUACAAUGAUUGCAUCACCAUAUGUAAUAUGUAUUACCUAAAGAAUCUGCUUGUCAUGGUUGGAUGUUUUGAUUUAUAACCCAAGAAGAUGACUGUUUAGCAAAAUACUGCAAUUUUGGGAAACACAACUUUCACAUUCUCAGCUUUUGCUCUUAAUAAGGUAAACAUCGUUUAGAUUUGGCAAGCUAAUGUAGUAGAUUAGUUAAAAACAGAAUGAAGGAUUUGUCAAAUGUAGAUUUCAGUCGAAACCCUCCAGGUCUUCUUUACUGCUGACCUUCUUAAGUAGAACAUAAGUAGCUGGUUUAUGGGUUCAGACUGUUUAAUCAUUUUUCAAUCUUACUGACUGCAGUGUCCACUGUUUUCAUACCAAAAUGAUGACUGCACUUGAAUGUUGUACUUUCCAUGAGGGGGGAAAAAAGAGAGAGUUUGUGACUUGAAUAAGCUUAUAGCUGGGUAAUAAGCAGGCACAUUCUGGCUGAUCUGUAAUCACCACACUAACUUCUUGAGACUGUUUGCACUUUUUCUGCACGUAUGAUGUUGUGCUGUGCAGUGGAGAUACAAUGCUGGCUUUGUACCUCAAAUAAUAAACUAUGUAUUAUUUAUUUAAUUUAAUCAUUUUUCUUUGGCUUGUUUUUACAGUUGUUCUGCUUUUCUGCCAAGACAUGGUACUUGGGUGUUUAUCAUAUUUAAGCGAUGACAUCUUGCUGCCUGUGUAUAUUUUUGUUCUUUUAGUGUUUAAGUUUUAUGUACAAUGUCACUUAUUUGGUUGCAAGAAACUUCCUUGCUCAUGUAGUAUUGUACUUAAACUGGGAAAUGAAAUAAAGUGCAAUGGUGGUAGAGGUUUAUAGCAGCAUCUAUGUGUAGAUUUUUCUUUACUUUUUUUGGACAUUUACUGUUGGAUAGUUUUGUUAAUCUAAGACACAGUAAGAUAUUACGAUAAGUCAGAGUUGGAUUUGGGGAAGUAUUUCAUAAAGUUUUUCUCAGUAAGCUGGAUAACUUGGGCCAAAAGUGAUGGUGUCCAGCAGUAAUGUCCUUUACCUAGCAUGUUUUUAUUUAUUUAUCAAAAAUGAUUGAGACUGAAAUUUCAACAUCAACAGUGUGUCAGAUCGAUAUUAAAUUAUUGAUGAAAGUUG